AGUAGUCAGCACAUGCAGUGCACCCGUUCUUCUCAGUCAAAGCGGACAGAUCAAGAGAUAGUUUUCUUGAGACUUGUAAUAAUUUUCCCAAAAAAUGGAUAAAAACUUCAUAUUUUUAUGCAUAUUAAUCAACUGUCUGCUCGGGACAGUAACAUCUCGGAGUAUGCCGCCCGUUCGGCAGAACACCCUAGAGAGAAUGAAUAUGAAACGAAGUGAACUGAAGAAAAUGUGUGAUGCAAAAGGGGAGAAAUUGUAUGAGAAUAUCAGAGCUAAAAAUAUCGCGUUUACAUUAAAUUUAACUGAGAGAUUCAUGACUUGGAAAAAAGAAGCAAGUUCCACUGAAGAUGUCUAUAAAUUAGUUCAAGAACGCUGCAACAAGGACUCGGCUUUAAAGGAGAUGUUGAGAAAAUUUGUUGAAUCUUCACAGCUUUGUAUGGACGAAAAGGAUCAUUUAAAGGACGAUAAACUUCUGGCUUUGGCGUCGAGGUUGAUGGAGCUUUUCUGUGCACAGUACACACAUAGUAAUGCCUACUCGUCAGAUGAAGGGUGUCUGAAUCUAGUCACCAAUGCUGCUAUUGAUACGUGCAAGGAGAAGUAUAAUACUGAUCAGUUUAUUCCCUUGCCCUUCAUCUACAGUAUUAAAGAAUGCAAUGAUUAUCAAAAAUACUCCGAAUGCAGACUCGAAGCAAUGAAGAAUUGCAAAGAUGCCACGAAAAGUGCCGUAGAGGCUGCAGAUUCGAUAACUUUCCACACUUUUUAUGGAUGCCACAACAUUUCUGUGAUUCCAGAAAAAAUUACAAUAAAACGAAGUUCUUCGAUCCGAAAGGAGGAGGUAGCCAGAUUUAAUAUAACUAAAGGAGAGUUGCAGGAAAAAUGUCUCCUAAACGCAAACAUGACAUUGGAGAACAUAAAAAAAACUCAUGCUACGAAUUUAAUUAUCUUGAUGAAAGAAAACCUAGGAAUUUUCCUAAAGACUAGACUGAUGUGCAUCACUGAUUCUGAACAACAAGAGUCUUUGAUUCAGGAUACCUGUUUGAGCAACGUUGACCUAAAAAAUGCUUUGGAGAAGAUUUAUGAAACGGUGGAUCUCUGCAUGGAUGAAAAUGAUCGAUUCAGUGAGGAAAAAAGGGUCAAAGUUUUGAGACAGAGUUUAGACGAAAUUUGUGCUGCUGUGAAAAAUGGUGUGCGAAUACUUUCCACUGACAAAGAGUGUUUUCAAGAUCUCAGAAUUUUGCUUAAGAUAGCUAUGUGUGAUACUCGAAGCCCAUCUCGAAACGUUUUGGACAUCUUACCCCUUCCAUUUAUUUAUACUCCAGAAGAUUGCAGAGCGAUCUAUGAAACUCAAAAUUGUCAGUUAAAAACACUAAAAGACUGUGGAGACUCGACGAAGCUUGCAUUUCAAUCAAGAUUCAACGAUGCAAGGACAUUCUUUGGAUGCGGAGACAUUCGUUAUAGUAACACAGCUCCAGUUAUUUUGAACUAAAUAAUUUUAUCAUAAUAAUUAUAAUUACAAUGCAAUCAUUAUAGUAAAAAUUAAAUCAUUUAAUAUGCAGUUGAUACUAAUAAUUAAUAGCAUCCUAUUCAUAACUUUAGUGAUACUUGUGAUUAUUGUUGUAAUUUAAACCCUGACGUACAACUGAGUAUUUAUUCGCGUCUAUCGUACAUCAUAAUAAAAUACACAUUUUUUUGACGAAGAAACUGAUUUAUAUUUCGUUUGUGAUUUAUCUUUCAAUGAGAAUUAAUUCCUAAGUAAGAAAGGAGAACUAAGGAAUGUAACCAAUAAAUAAUAUUCUAAAUAUUAUUUAUUAGCGUUUUCUUCUUCAAUAACUGAAAAAAUUGUUACUUAAUAGUACAUUUAUUUUUUUAUUUUUCACAUAUGAAAAUGUAUCAUACAUUGUUUUUUAAUCAUUGUACCUAUCAUGAAUUUAUAGUGUGUCAUCAGCUUUUCAAUCAUAUAGGGGAGGUUCCAUUGAAAAUGUAU